UAACGCUAUCUGGCUCACUGCUAGGACGACUAUCAAAAAAGGAUGGGUGGCGCAGAAUAAAUGAAUGAAGGCGAAUGAUUUUGGAAAAACUAGCAGCAGCAAUUGACAGAGAAGUUGCGCAGGCUACAUAGCCCAGGGCUAUCAUAAUAGCCUCGUAAACCGUUUUGCAUGGAGAUGCAUUCACGUCAACAGCAUCAUGAAGAAGGUGACAUAUGGCGUUUGUGUUGUGUCUACGUUCCUACAUUGUCUUAGAUAACACAGUGACACGGCGUUCACAGCAAGAUUUGUAGCCGCAUAAGAUCAUUUCAAAGAAUCACUUCAUCGCGGAUCUCAGUUUGGAGGAUUGGCCUAUUUUUACGGUAGGGCGGGGGUGAAAAAUCCAGUAGUACGCUAGUUGAAGUGACCCGUCAGAAUACCGGGAACAUUUUCAGUUGAAUGUAUCGCCCAUUUAACUCAAACAAAAUGAUGAAUUCGAUGGUCUUUGCUGAGGCUUUGUCAUCUUCGGGUGCCGCUAGGUUCCCAGUAGGAGCGCCAGCCUCUGGUGCUAGGGUGUCUAGUGCCCUACGGAACGAUUUGGGUUCCAACAUUCAUGCCUUGAAAACCCUUAACCUGCGAUUUCGAUGUUUCCUAGCUAAAGUUCAUGAAUUGGAGCGUAGAAACAAGUUGUUAGAAAAUCAACUACAGGACGCUUUAGAGCAAUCCCGCUACAGAGCCUACUUUAGCCGAGAACAAGCCACCCAAACGGGACAUUUGGACUUUUUUCUGGCUCGGCCACGGGUACCCGGUACGAUAUGGAGCUUUACCCAAACAAGGAGGUUUGGGGACCGAAUCGAGACUUUCCACAGCCCCGGGGUGUCAUGGAUGCAGCCGGAUGGUGUUGGAGUUCAAGUCGACACCGUCACCCCUGAACUGCGAGCCCUUUACAAUGUGUUGGCUAAAGUCAAACGAGAUAGAGAUGAGUACAGAAAAAAAUGGGAGGAGGAGCUGUCUAAGCGCCAGCAGCUGGAGGCCGUGGUGGAGACACUACAGGAGAGUGCCCAGGAGUCUGAAGUGGUUCAGGUGGAGCUCACUGAGAAGGUGGAGAGACUGAAGACAGAGCUGGUGGUCUUCAAGAGCCUCAUGACUGACAAUGAAAUGUCAGACUUGGACACUGCGAUCCAGAAGAAGGCCAUGAAGGUGGACAUGGACAUCUGCAGACGCAUUGACAUCACGGCCAAGCUUUGUGACGUGGCUCAGCAACGCAACUCAGAAGACAUGAGCAAGAUGUUCAACAUGAGCCCACACAUGAGCCCCUCCAGAGCACCCCCAGAGAGCAAAGGGGCUGCAUCUUGCAGGAGGAAAGAGCGUAAGGCUGUCUACGAGGAGAGGAGUCCUGAGAUUGAAACUGAGUCUGGUGGUGGAGAGGAGGAUGAAGAGGAGAAGGAGCAGGUCAUAGAGUCACUCAACAUCACAGACGAGAUGAAACGCAUGCUCAAUCAGUUAACUUGCUCAGAUGAUAAUUCCUUUGUCACCAGGAGAGAGACGUUUGACUUUGAUGACGACUGUGACAGCCUAACUUGGGAGGAGAAUGAGGAGACACUGCUCCUCUGGGAGGACUUUGCCAACUACAACACCCCCUGUGCUGCAGCCAGUGCUGCUGCAGCAGAAGGACAGGGGGAGGGCCCUGGGCAGGCCUCUCAGGAUGGCAGUUUGGGCAGCCUGAUCGACGAGACCGAGAUGCUCUUCCAGAACCGAGAGAAGGAGUACCAGGAGACCAUGGGUCAAAUAGAGUAUGAGUUGGCUACAGCUAAGAGUGAUAUGAACCGUCACCUACAAGAGUACAUGGAGAUGUGUUCUAUGAAGAGAGGCCUGGAUGUGCAGAUGGAGACCUGCAGGAGACUCAUCAAGGGCUCAGGGGGCACCGGCAGGAACUCUCCAUCGUUCAGCUCGGUAGCGAGCAGCGACUCAGGGAACAGUGAUGAGAUCCAGGAGGAGCUGGAGAAGGACGGAGAGGCAGUAGGAGGGGUCAGCUGAUAACUGACCCUUGACCCUCCGGCCCCUGGCUACCCCACCACCUGACCCAGAGAAGAUGAUGGAGGAAAUGCCUUUGUUCCUCAAUGCUGUGGUCCCCCUUUUCUUCAGCAGGUUUCCAGUUGAUCUAAGAGGAGCCCUGUGGAAUCUAUUGGUGCUUCACCGGUUUACCCACAUAAGGAUGAACUUGUAUUCCACAAUAAGGUGCAGUGUUGGUUCCUCCUCACUGCUCCUCAUUGGCCUACCACUGAUCAGAGGGGUCACCCCUACUAAACACAAGUAUCUCCACACACACUCAACUUACUGUACACCUAUGGUCAUUUUACUGUGUAUUCACCCCAGUAUUCAUCCUAACCAUGUUAAGAUAAAGGAAACCGGACAUAUUCAGCCAUUAGUGAUCUAGCAAAGCAUUCAGUGGUCCAUAUGAUAUAUUUAAGCAAUAAGGCCCGAGGGGAUGUGGAGUAUGGCCAAUUUAUUACGGUUAAGGGCUGUUCUUAAGCACGACACAACGUGGAGUUCCUGGAUACAGCCCUUAGCCGUGGUAUAUUGGC